CUUUCACAGCGCCACUGCUCUGAAGUUGUUGCGCGCGCGAAAAAUUUCCCGCCAAAGAGGAGGAGAAGCAGCCGAUAGUGGUGGUCGUUUUGCUGGCGGCCCCCAUCACCUUGCCACCGCCAUGGCCAAUGCCACGGAGUCUUAAGCAGGCGAUAUAAAGGCGGAUGCCGAGGGCACCUGGACGUCAGAUAGUGUGCGAUUUCUCCUCGACGAGGAGCCCAACAAGUGUUUAGUGGCUUUGAGUUGAUCCUGUGCGCGGGCAUCAUGAGGUCCCGUUGGAGUCUUGUGAUAGUCCUCGGAGUUGCGCUCCACUUCUCCUUGGUGUCCACCAAGGCGGUCCUGGACCAGACUGCCGAGGAAUCACAAGUGAGUUCAUCGCAGGUGGUUCAACAGCGCGUGGGCUUUGGUCCAAGUGGCGGCCACGAUGACCACCACCAUCACUAUCACGAGGAGCACGAUCCCGGGUACUGGAAAAAGAAAUUAACCUGGAAGGAGGGUUGGAAGAAGAUCUGGAAACCCGCCAAGAAGCAGAUCUGGAAGCCGGCGUGGAAGAAGAUCUGGAAACCUAUCUGGGUACCCACACAAAAACCUGCCUGGAAAGAAAUUCAAGUGCCCGCGUGGAAGCAAGUGUGGAAACCUGUGUGGAAAGAGAUCCAGGUACCGGCUUGGAAGGAAAUUCAAGUGCCGGCCUGGAAACAAAUCUGGAAACCAGUAUGGCAUCCAAUAAAGGUUCCCGCGUGGAAGGAGAUUCAGGUUCCAGACUGGAAGAAGAUCUGGGUGCCUGUGUGGAAGGAGAUUCAGGUUCCGGCAUGGAAGGAAAUACAAGUGCCGGCAUGGAAGCAAAUCUGGGUGCCAGAGUGGGUUAAAGUGGGAAUCCCUGGUGAGAAAUAUCUCGGCAAGGACCAUGAAGGGUGGGAGUACACUAGUCACGAUCUGUGGAAAAAGAAGUUAAUUUGGAAGCCACUGUGGAAAAAGAUCUGGAAACCGGCUAAGAAACAAAUCUGGGUACCUAGUAAGAAACUGGUGUGGAAGGAAGACUGGAAACAGACGUGGCGAACAGAGAAAAAACAGAUUUGGGUUGAUGAUAAAAAGUUAGUGUGGAAAGAGGCAUGGAAGCAAAUCUGGAAGCCAUCGAAGAAACAAGUUUGGGUUCCAGAGAAGAAGUUAGAGUGGAAGGAAGCGUGGCAGCAGGUGUGGAAACCAGCCAAGAAGCAAAUCUGGGUACCAGACAAGAAAUUAGAGUGGAAGGAGGCGUGGAAGCAGAUCUGGGUGCCAGAUUGGAAGGAGAUCUGGGUGCCUGCGUGGAAGAAAAUUUGGAAACCAGUAUGGAUCUCAGAAUGGUUCCCAACACCAGAUCACCAUGAUCACCAUCAUGAGCAUCACGAAUCUCAUGGAUGGGAUCGGAAAGAUCAAGAAUCAAAGGUCGUGUGGAAAAGACACGACCAGCAGCCUCAGGCUACUCCAGUGCCACUGAAUCCUGUUCUCAGUCCAGCAUCAGCUGCCACUCAGACACCUAAGCUCUGAAUACCAUCCUCACGAUUGCACUUAGAGAUCUUUACAUUCCAACCCUUCUGUGUAAAUAUUUGUUGUAGAGACAUCGGCUAAUGUGCUAGGUUCUCUUUAUAUAUGUAUUUUGUUUAAGUAUUAUAUACUUGCGUGUGUUAACAAUCAAACAGUUUUAAAUUAAGGAACAAAAUGUACCGUACCUUUAAUUUUAUUUUUAUUUGUAUCGUUGCUCAGAAGCACUGACGAACUGUCUUUUCAGAGCUAGAAAAAACUGAACUCAGUCAGGUUUUGCCUGACAACCAUGUUGUUAUGUCCAAGUUUUGUUGUUUCUUUCUACCAAUAAAAGAAUUUAUACAAAAUGACAAAAAGCUCGUAAGAGACUAAAA